AUGCGAAGUUUCACUCUUCUCUCUGCUUUGAUCGCGGCCUCCCAGGCCCAAAUGACUUGGCCCAUCCACGGUUGUCCUUGGGUCACAGAAACAACUUUGAUCACCAACUUUACACUAUUCCACAGCGCUUCUAUCGACAGCGAUCCGGACUAUGUAUCGUGGCAAGUCCCGGCCUACGACAUGAUAUGUACCCUCACCAGCCAAUCCAAUACCGGCAAAGUAACACCAAUCGGCAAGCCAAAAACUACGACUGUUGUACCAUGCAAUUUGUAUAAAGAUGAAUCCGCAGCAUCUAGGUUUUACGUUUCAGAGGACGAAGGGUCUGGUAGUAAUGCGACAAUCCGAUUCGUAUACUAUGCUCAGUGUGCGGCAAGCCGGUAUGCCAUCUACUACGAGGCAGGAUUUCCACAAUCAUGUGUUGAGGGAGAGAAGGGUGUUACCUGUGUCCCAAGUGGAAAUACCACAGCUUGGGCUGUCCAACAGUAUUGGCUUGCUCCUAUAGGAGGCAUGCCACCCCCACCACCCGCAUCCGGUCCGGGUUCGGGAGUACCGCCAAAGCCAACAUAUGCAGUUUGA